UUUCGUCAUUACUUUUUCUUCCUUUCCAGGAUUUUCUGGUUUCACUCGAGUAAUAACCGGUCACCGGUAAAUAAGGUCAGUUUUCACGUGCGAUUUAUCACGUUGUAAAUUUUCUGUUGUGGAUACUCUAUCGGAUAUAGUUUGCCUUCAAAAUGCUCUUCCUGUAACUUUAUCUUUGUAAAUUAAUCAUUCGCUCGUGAAUUGUGAAGGCCAAAAGUCCAUCUAGUCUUAUUCUACUGCUGCAAUGAAAUUCUUUGAAGGUGCAGAUGUGUUUCCAUACACAUGGCUACAAAUAGCGGAUAUAUUUUGGGUCCGCUAUCCAAAUCCAUACAGCAAGCAUGUUCGAACUGAAGAUGUUUUGUUUCGGCAGGUGGAAAAUGGAGUGCUACAUACGAAAAGGCUUCUGACCAAAACUGUCAGGUUUUCUACCUUUGGUUAUAACAUUUCUAUUAAAAAUGAACCAAUCAUAGAAGAAUCAUUUAUUGACCCUAAAAAACAAACAAUUCGUACUUACACUUGGAACGUCGGUACAUCUAUUGCUCAAAUCAAGGAAGAAUGUUUUUAUAGAAAGAAAGAAGAAUAUAAUACUGUUGUCGAAAGGAAAGCUUGGAUUGAAAGAACGAAACUUUACCUCCCAAGUAUAAUUGAAUCAUACAUGAUCAGAAGAUUCCAAAAGAAUGUCCAGAAAACCUGCAAAGGAUUAGAAUAUGUUCUUGCCAACAGGUUUCCAUCAACGGCUCAUGUGGAGAUCAAAUCUUCAUCAUUCUUAGAUAAAGAUAAAAUUCGUGAAAAAGCAAAGAAAGCUAAAGAAAUGGCAACACCAAAAACAGUUCCUAUAAUUGUUGCUUAAGAUAUAACAAAAUAUUUGGCGAAUUUUCGUUGUUGAAUUUUUGUUCAUUCUUGCUCUAUUUCAUAAUUUGACUUUAAUUAACCUAAGCUAUUCAAUCUGUUUUACUUGUUUCAUGUUCUUUUUAAUCAUUCACUAUGCAUGCAGACUUGUGUAUAAUGUAUCCAAUUUGUUACAUACAGCUAAAAUGAAGGAAAAUUAUUAUAUUUAACUAAUUUUGAUACUAUAUUUAAUGUGUUCAAAGAUUUAUACAAGAAAUAAUUAUAAAUUUAUUAUAAUAUUAAAAAUGAAAUAUAAAAAUUAAACAAAACCCAAAUUUAUUCACGAAAAAAUGACUAAAAUUGGCUAUAACCUUUAC